AUGGGUUCCAGCCAGGAUGAGCGGGGCAUCCGCAUCGCCAUAGACCGCGGCGGCACCUUCACCGACUGCGUGGGCAACCUGGCGGGGGAGGACAUCGUGAUCAAGCUGCUGUCGGAGGACCCGGCCAACUACCAGGAUGCGCCGCUCGAGGGCAUCCGGAGGAUCAUGUCGCACUUCCUCGGCCGCGACAUCCCCCGCGGCGAGCCCCUCGACACCUCCAAGAUCGACUCCAUCCGCAUGGGCACCACCGUUGCCACCAACGCCCUGCUCGAGAGGAAGGGUGAGACCAUCGCCAUGGUCGUCACCAAGGGCUUCAAGGACUGCCUUGUCAUCGGCAACCAGUCCAGGCCCAAGAUCUUUGACCUCGCUAUCCGCAAGCCUGACGUCUUGUAUUCCGAGGUCGUGGAGAUCGACGAGCGGGUCACACUAGAGGACUAUGCCGAGGACCCGGAACGGCACACUACCAAGCCAGAGGUAAAGGCCGGCACUGCGGAAGCUAAGACGGCGGAUCUGGUCAUGGGCCUGUCGGGCGAGGCAGUCCGCAUUCUACAACGGCCAGAGGAGGACAGAAUACGGACACAGCUGCAGGAAAUUUACGACAAGGGCAUCAAGAGCAUAGCGGUGUGCCUGAUGCACGGGUACACAUUCCCGGACCACGAGGCCGCGGUGGGGAGGAUCGCCAGGGAGAUCGGGUUCCGGCACGUCUCGCUGAGCUCCGAGCUCAUGCCCAUGAUCAAGCUGGUCUCGAGAGCAACCUCCGUGUGCGCCGACGCGUACCUGACCCCCGCCAUCCGCAAGUACAUCGAUGGGUUCCAGAAGGGUUUCGAGGGGGGCCUGGGCACGCAAAGUGUUAAGAACGAAUCCGGAAGCCGUGGGGCCCGCUGCGAAUUCAUGCAGAGCGACGGCGGCCUGGUCGAUGUCGAGAAGUUCACGGGCCUCAAGGCCAUCCUGUCUGGCCCCGCCGGUGGUGUCGUCGGCUACGCCAUAACGUCGUAUGACCCGGACACAAGGAUACCCGUUAUUGGGUUCGACAUGGGAGGGACGAGUACCGAUGUCUCUAGAUACGGCGAGGGCCGGUACGAUCAUACCUUCGAGACCACAACGGCUGGCGUUACCAUCCAAUCGCCGCAGCUGGACAUCAACACAGUGGCAGCCGGUGGUGGUUCAAGAUUGUUCUUCAGGAACGGGCUUUUUGUCGUUGGUCCUGAAUCUGCCGGCGCGCACCCUGGACCAGCAUGCUACCGAAAGGGAGGUCCUGCUACAGUCACCGACGCCAACUUGUACCUGGGCAGGCUUCUGCCCGAGUUCUUCCCCAAGAUAUUCGGCAAGAAUGAAGACGAGGGUCUGGACGUCGAGGCUAGCAAGAAGGUCCUCCAGGAGCUCACCGACCAGGUCAACAACGAGACAGGGAAGAAAAUGUCUGUCGAUGAGGUUGCCUACGGUUUCUUGACCGUCGCGAACGAGAGCAUGACCCGUCCUAUUCGGUCGAUAACGGAAGCAAAGGGUCACGACUCUUCAAAACACAGGCUGGCCACAUUCGGUGGAGCAGGCGGCCAGCACGCUGUUGCUAUUGCGGAUGCUCUGGGCAUUAAGCAAAUUCUCAUCCACAGAUACUCGUCUGUGCUGUCAGCAUACGGCAUGGCAUUGGCAGACGUGGUCGAUGAGCGACAAGAGCCAGAUUCUGCCGUGUGGUCGGAUGAUGGCAAGACCGUGAGCGAAUUAAAAGAAAAGAUGGAGAAGCUCAAGGAGAAGUCUCGCAAGGCACUCCAGGACCAGGGAUUCAGCGACAAGGAUAUCGUCUUUGAGGAGUACUUGAACAUGAGAUACCGCGGUACAGAAUCAGCAUUGAUGAUUGUCAAGCCGAGCGACGAAGACACCAAAGAGCAUUUUGACGGCAAAGAAUGGGCAUUUGACCAGGCGUUUGUGAAGCAUCAUCGAUACGAAUUCGGGUUUACAUUAGACGAUCGGGACAUCAUUGUCGACGAUGUGCGAGUAAGAGGCAUUGGCAAGAGUUUCAGAUAUGCCGAGGAGACGGUGGACCAACAACUGAAACAACUGAAGAGACAAGAGGUCUCUGGGAAGAACAAGCACUCCAGUGCUCAAGUUUACUUUGAGGAGGGGAGGUUGGAGACACCAAUCUACAAGCUUGGCGACAUCCAAGUUGGAGACGUUGUCAAGGGUCCAGCCAUGCUGGCCGACGGGACGCAGACUAUUGUUGUCACGCCCAAGGCUGAGGCAGUCAUCCUUCAGACCCAUGUGAUUGUCAACAUCGCGGCUGACAGCGGCAGGGAUGAGUCUCAGGGGACGGACCUGUCCAAGCGGGAAGUGGACCCAAUCGUGCUCAGCAUCUUCGGUCACAGGUUCAUGGCCAUCGCAGAGCAGAUGGGUAGGGCACUGCAAAAGACAAGUGUCAGCACAAAUGUCAAGGAGCGCCUUGACUUUUCAUGUGCCAUCUUCGACGCAACUGGAGGACUUGUUGCGAACGCUCCCCACUUGCCAGUGCACCUGGGUUCCAUGGGCACUUGUGUAAAGCGGCAAGCCGAGAUAUGGAAGGGCGAGCUGAAGAGAGGAGACGUGAUCAUCUCCAAUCAUCCUUCAUAUGGUGGAACACAUCUUCCUGAUGUCACGCUCACGAUGCCUGCGUUCGACGAGAAGGGGGAGAACAUCCUUUUCUACGCGGCAUCUAGAGCCCACCAUGCUGACAUUGGUGGUAUCACCGCCGGCAGCAUGCCACCCCACUCGCGCGAUCUCUUCCAAGAAGGCGCUGCCAUCAAGAGCGAGAAGCUUGUCAGCGAGGGCAAGUUUAAUGAGGAGAGGGUUGUGGAGCUGUUCUACAACGAGCCCGCGAAGUUCCCUGGCUGCAGUGGUACUCGUUGCCUCGCUGACAACAUCAAUGACCUGCGAGCGCAGGUGUCUGCCAACCAGAAGGGUAUCUCGCUGAUCGAGAAUUUGAUCCAAGAGUAUGGCGAGGAUACUGUGAUGUUCUACAUGAAGAACAUCCAGGAUAAUGCCGAGUCGUGUGUGCGAAGGCUGCUCAAGGACGUGAGCAAGAAGUUCGAGGGCAAGGAUCUCUCGUCUGUGGACUAUAUGGAUGAUGGUAGCCCAAUCAAGUUGAAGGUCACUAUUGAUCCUGAGAAGGGUGAGGCGAUAUUUGACUUCGAGGGCACUGGUCCCGAAGUAUACGGCAACAUCAAUGCCCCAGAAGCUGUGAGCUACAGUGCCAUUAUCUACUGCCUCCGCUGCCUAAUCUCCGAAGACAUCCCCCUCAACCAAGGCUGCCUGAAACCAAUCCACGUCAAGAUCCCGCCCAAGUCCCUCCUCUCGCCCUCGGACCACGCCGCCGUGGUGGGCGGCAACGUCCUGACCAGCCAGCGCGUGACGGACGUCAUCUUCAAGGCCUUCCAGGCCUGCGCCGCCUCGCAAGGGGACUGCAACAACCUCACCUUCGGCUUCGGCGGCAACGCGGCGGGCCAGGACGCCGUCCGCGGCUUCGGGUACUACGAGACCAUCGCCGGCGGGUCGGGCGCGGGCCCCCACUGGGACGGCACCAGCGGCGUGCACACGCACAUGACCAACACGCGCAUCACCGACAGCGAGGUGUUUGAGCGGAGGUACCCCGUGCUGCUGCGCGAGUUCAGCAUCCGGGAGGGGUCCGGCGGUGAGGGACAGCACCGCGGUGGGGACGGCGUCGUACGGGACAUUGAGUUCCGCAUCCCCGUGCAGGUGUCUAUCCUCUCUGAGCGGAGGGUGUAUCACCCCUAUGGCCUGGCGGGCGGCGGGGAUGCCGCGUGCGGGCUGAAUGUCUGGGUGCGGAAGGUUGAGAAGGCUAGCUGGGAGAAGCAGCUGCGGCGGCUUAAGGCCGGCAACGGUGGCAAUGGGGGUGGUAAUGAGGUGGACAAGGAGGAUGUUGAGUAUGAGGAAAGGCAUAUCAACCUUGGGGCUAAGAAUAGUGCGCCUAUGAAGGCUGGGGACAGGAUCAUAAUCAACACUCCCGGUGGUGGUGGGUGGGGCAAGGCGGGUGAGGCGAAGAGGCACAGGGAGGUGGAGGAUCAUACCUCGGGGUGGAGGAAGGGGAGUCAUGCUGCGAGGGAGGAUGCCGCAUUGCAAGUCUAG